AAGUUUUAUUAGCUUGAAUUGCCCAGCAUCGGCUUCCAUGUUUGGCUGGCAGACAGCUUGGAAUUCGGAAUCGGUGAACUCUUUCUUGGGUCGGAAGAUGUUCCUGGGCGCACUAAUUGACAUCGUGCGAUGUCCAAAUCAGUGAGGCAGCUGCCACUUCCCCGCCGCCUGGCAGACCGAUUGCAUCCCCGUUCUGAAACGGCAGUUAUUGAUUCCAUUUAGAGGUUCCUAAUGCGGAUCGCUGAUCAAUAGAUUGGCCACGGGGUUGAACGGCUCAGGCAGCGGAGAGCUGCGCCACCCAAACACACACGCACACAUAGAUUCGUACCGCUCACACAGACAGAUAGGCGGGUGUUCUGGGUGCGAACGAACCCUCGAUGCUCUUUGAGUUCUCAGUCUGAGACGGAGGCAGCUGGCGAGCGGUUGAUCGCGCGCUCCAAUUCAGUGCGAGAUUCGCUGGACAGGGAUUAGUCUGUGGUGCUGCAGAGUGCUGCUGUGGCAGCUGCUGGUGCAAGCAGGUACCGUCUUUCCAACCAGAUUGUUGCACAACCGAACGGGUUCAUCGGGCGUAUACGCAACCAGACGCGUUAAUAAAUUGCGCAUACGACGCGGUGCCGCGACCAGUGAACCGCCAGUCCGGUCAGUUAUCGUACGACACUCGACGGUUGACAACGCCGAAUUUCAGGCGUUACACGUCGCACAGCUAAGCCAAUGGGCUACGACGACGUCAUCACCCACCUGGGUGAAUUCGGGCCGUAUCAGAAGCGCAUCUACUAUCUUCUCUGCCUGCCGGCCAUAGUGUGCGCCUUCCACAAGCUGGCCGGGGUGUUCCUGCUGGCCAAGCCCGACUUCCGAUGCGCCCUGCCCUUCGAGAAUGGCAGCACCUAUGAACUGUCGCCCCACCUGUGGAACCUAUCGUACCCGCAGAAUGAGCGCUGCUCCUACUACGACGUGGACUACACGGCGGAGUACCUGAAUGGCAGCAUUCCACGGAGCAGCAACGACACCAAGAGCUGCACCAGCUACGUUUACGAUCGGAGCAAGUACCUCAACAGUGCUGUGACCGAGUGGGACAUGGUCUGCAGCCGAAGCCUGCUGAGUGCCACCAGUGAUUCCCUGUUCAUGCUGGGCGUGCUCCUGGGCAGCUUCAUCUUUGGCCAGAUGUCCGACAAGCUGGGACGCAAGCCCACCUUCUUCGCCUCGCUGGUGCUGCAGCUAAUCUUCGGCGUUUUUGCCGCCGUGGCACCCGAGUACUUUAGCUACACGAUUUCCCGCAUGAUUGUGGGCGCCACCACUUCGGGAGUCUUCCUGGUUGCCUAUGUGAUCGCCCUGGAGAUGGUGGGCUCCUCGUAUCGCCUCUUCGCUGGCGUGGCCAUGCAGAUGUUCUUCUCCGUGGGCUUUAUGCUCACUGCUGGCUUUGCGUACUUCAUCCACGACUGGCGUUGGCUGCAGGUCGCUCUGACCUUGCCGGGAUUGCUCUUCCUGUGCUACUACUGGAUCAUUCCGGAGUCGGCGCGUUGGCUCCUGAUGAAGGGUCGCAAGGAUGAGGCCUUUGUGAUCAUCGAGAAGGCGGCCAAGGAGAACAAGGUGGAGGUGCCCAACGAAGUCUACGAGCAGCUGGUGGACGAGGUGGCCGAAAAAAAGAAGCAGGACGAGAUGGCCGCAUCCCAACCAGCGGCCACCGUGUUCGAUCUCCUGCGCUAUCCCAAUCUUCGCCGGAAAACCCUGCUGAUCUUCUUCGACUGGUUUGUGAACAGUGGCGUGUACUACGGCCUGUCGUGGAACACCAACAACCUCGGUGGAAACCAACUGGUUAACUUUGUAAUCUCUGGUGCCGUGGAAAUACCGGGUUAUACGCUGCUCCUCUUCACUUUGAACCGUUGGGGUCGUCGCUCCAUCCUGUGCGGCACCAUGCUGGUGGCCGGGAUCAGUCUGCUGGCCACCAUCUUCGUGCCGAGCGACAUGAACUGGCUGAUCAUCGCGUGCGCCAUGAUAGGAAAGCUGGCCAUCACCUCGUCGUACGGCACCAUCUACAUCUUCUCGGCGGAGCAGUUCCCGACGGUGGUCAGGAAUGUGGGUCUGGGCGCCUCCUCCAUGGUAGCUCGCGUGGGUGGCAUUCUGGCACCCUACCUGAAACUGCUGGGCGAGAUCUGGCGACCGCUGCCGCUGAUCAUCUGCGGCGCUCUGUCCCUCACCGCCGGACUGCUGUCCCUGCUCCUGCCGGAGACCCUGAACAAACCCAUGCCGGAGACCAUCGAGGAUGGGGAGAACUUCGGCAAGAAGCCGGCGCCACAAGAAGCCGCCGAGGACGGCGGCACCCAAGAGCUCAACGGGAUGCUCAACGGCAGGUCGGGCUAAUUGGAGCCGGGAUUGCGGCCGAGCACUUGAUCACUCAACCUACUCUGACGGCCUUAAUUGGCUAGCGUUCUGGUCAUUUCAACGAAUUUAAGCAUUCAGCGCACUUCCUUCCAUUUCUCCAGAGAUGUAUUUCGUUCAAUUCAUUCCAUUUUUUGUUUACCUUUACAAGCGAUUUAAUAAAAGUCACACAUAUUCAAGUCGUA